UUCCGUAGCGGGGAAUAGGCGGGGCUCCGAGAGGUCACUGGAGCGAUGCAUGCUGGGAAAACACGUGUUUGAGGAAACAAACGAGUUACGUUUUAUUUGUGAUCGUUUUCGCAGUUUUUCGCAGUUUUCGCUCGGUUCUGCAGGAUUUUCUCCAGAAUGUCGUCCAAGAAGAAGCAGGGCGGCGAUGAGCGCUUCGCUCGGGUGCAGAGGGACCCGCGCUUCUGGGAAAUGCCCGAGAGGGAACGCAAGGUCAAGAUCGACAAGCGUUUCCAGUCCAUGUUCCACGACAAGCGCUUCCAGGUGAAGUCCACGGUGGACAAACGAGGCCGCCCCAUCAACCACACCUCCUCAGAGGACCUGAGACGCUUCUACAAACUGGACUCCGAGGACGAAGAGGACGUGGAGAGCGAGAAGCUGACGGAGAGGAAGAAGCUGAAGGAGAGGAAGAAGCUGACGGAGAGGAAGAAGCUGACGGAGAGGAAGAAGCUGACGGAGAGAGAGAAGCUGACGGAGAGAGAGAAGCCGACGGAGAGAGAGAAGCUGACGGAGAGAGAGAAGCCGACGGAGAGAGAGAAGAAGGUGAAGCUGGUGAAAGGUGAUAGAGAAGCAGUGCAGAGCAGAGAAGAAGAAGAAGACGAGGAGGAGUCUAAAGACAAAGAUGAUGAAGAUAUCGAGCAGCCGCAGCAGCAGGAGGAAGAGGAAGAGGGUGUCGGCCUGGGAGACAGUGUCACAGGUGGCAGUGAGGAGGAUGAAGAUGAUGCAGAGGAGGAAAGCGAGGUUGGAAGUGGAUUGGAGGAGGAGGAGUCCGGUCUGGAUUCGGAUGAGGAUAGUGACAGCGGGCCGGAUCUGGCCCGAGGAAAGGGCAACAUCGAGACCAGCUCAGACGAAGACAGCGAUGACGAGAUGGACGCCAUUCUGAGGAAAGAGGAAGAGGAGAUCGAGCACAACUGGGGCGAGUUGAGCAAAGACGCUCGGCGAAGCGACGAGGUUUCCGCUCGACUCGCUGUCUGCAACAUGGACUGGGACCGCAUGAAGGCCAGAGACCUGCUGGCACUGUUCAACUCCUUCACACCACAGGGGGGCGCUGUGCUGUCUGUCAAGAUUUACCCGUCAGAGUUUGGGAAGGAGCGGCUGAAGGUGGAGGAGACUCAGGGACCGAUGGAGCUGAAGGCACUGCCUGAAGACCCAGAGAACGACACAGAGGAGGAGAGGGUUUACAGGGAGAAGAUGCGUGACUACCAGUUCAAGCGUCUCAGAUAUUACUACGCCGCGGUGGAAUGUGACUCGGCUGAAACAGCCGCUAAGCUCUAUGAGGAAUGUGACGGCUUCGAGUACGAGAGCAGCUGCUCGGUGCUCGACCUCAGGUUUAUUCCCGAUGACGUCACGUUUGCUGAGGAGCCCAAAGACGUGGCGACGGACGUGAACCUGUUGGCGUACACGCCCAAACUGUUCAGCUCGUCUGCCACGGCCACCUCGAGGGUGCAGCUGACGUGGGACGAGAUGGACCACGAUCGAGUGACCGCCUUCAACAGGAAUUUCAACAAGGACGAGCUGCUGGAGAUGGACUUCAACGCCUACCUGGCCUCCUCCAGCGAAGAAGAGGAGGAUGAAGACGGAGCGGUUGAGUUUGGAGAGCAGGCGAGCGGAGACAGCGGCGGCGAGGCCGAAGCUGAACAGACAGAAGAGAUGAAGAAGAAACCUCAGGAGGAAGAAGAGAGGAAGAAAAAGAAAAAGAGCGAGGAUCAGAUCUUUAAGUACAGAGAGCUGCUGAAAGGUAUCCGGCACAAAGAGAAGAAGCUGCAGGACGACAAAGACAUGGAGAUGGAGAUCACCUGGGUGCCAGGCCUGAAGGAGACGACAGAGCAGCUGGUGAAGAAGAAGCUGGAGGAGAAGGACGAGCUGACGCCCUGGGAGGAGUUCCUGGAGAAGAAGAAGGAGCGGAGGAAGCAGAAGAAAUGUCCCAACAAACAGGAGGCGGCAGAGGACAAACUCAGUGACGAUGAACUUCCUCCAGACGUUGACCUCAGCGAAGCCUUCUUCACCGAGGAGCUCGGUGCGACAGAUCUGAAGAAACAGAAGAAGAAGAAGAAGAAGAAGCUGGAGGAAGAGGAGCGAACGGCUGAGGAGGAAGAAGAGCUGGAGAAACAAAAGGCGUCGAUGGCUCUGCUGAUGGAGGACGACGCAGACGAGGUCAAACACAAACACUUUAACUUCGAUGAAAUCGUGGAGCAGCAGAACUUGAGCAAGAAGAAGAGGAAGAAGCAGCUGAAGAAGGGGGAGGAGCCUCUGGAGAACGACGACUUCCAGGUGGACGUUGAAGACGCUCGUUUCCAGGCCAUGUUCACGUCGCACCUGUUCAACCUGGAUCCGUCCCACCCCAGCUUCAAGAAGACCAGAGCCACUCAGAGCAUCGUGGCCGAGAAGCAGCGCAGGCGAGAGCAGCGGCAGAGGGACGAUGACCUCAGCGCUCAGUCGGCCGCACGGACAGAGCCGCCCGCCACAGCUGAACAGGAAGUGACGGGAAAGACACUGCAAAGUGACUCUGAUGCUGCGACGGCGAAGAAGCCGAUGGAGCCGAGUCUGUCUCUGCUGGUCAAGUCAAUCAAAAGCAAAACGGAGCAGUUUCAGGCUCGAAAGAAACAGAAGCUCGUGUAAUGACUGAGAACUUCUGACGGACUGAGACUCGACACGCCGACGUUCCUGUGGUCGGUUUCUCCUGAUGACACGUUACUGUGUUAUACAGGGAAACAACAGGAAGAUGAUGUUAAAGAAUUAAAAUGUUCACAAAUGUUUCCUUGUUCCAGAAACUCAGAAGCUCGAAGUUCAUCUCUCCAAACACCUGCAGUGCUUUUAGUUUGAGAUGGUUUUAUAAUAUUGAAUGAGUCAGAAUCAGAUUGAAUGGUUUAAAACUGUUUCCACACAUGAACUGUGUGAAACAUGUUGUGUAGUUAGUGUUUGUGAAGCAGCAGCAGCAGGUUGUCGGGUCCGACUCGUUCACACAGGAACAUCCAGGCGAGGGGCGGAGCCUGUAGAGCAGCAGGAGGCCGGACAAAGAUCAG